AUGUCUUCUUCUGAGUUUCCUACCGAGAAGGAGAAUGUCGCUCCUCAGCAAUUUCCUUACAAAGUGCGAAAGCCAAACAGAAGACAUACAUUGUUGCCUGUGCCUCCCAGAAGCAUUUUGAAAGCUUCAGCUGAUCAGAACCAUACGAUCGCUAUAAUACCUAAGAAUAAAUCGAAAAAGAGGCGAGUCUCGUUUGCCACAGACGUUGAUGUUCGCAGCAUUAUUCAUAGAACUCACGAGGCGGACGAGAACCAUUCUAGUAUCGGAUUCCAUCCUCGCAGACGUGACUCGCUGCAGAUAAUUCCCUCGUAUUCUCAGAAAAGAAUAUCCUUCUUUGGACGCAAUGACAAUCCACCGAGUGCAGACGAGAAUGAAGAUUGCUCGCAGGUAGUUGACAAGAUCCAAAUGUCGCCCGGUUUGAUUGAAGAAGACAACAUGAGUCAGCCAAUGGAGAUGUCAGAAGAGAUAAAUGCCGAGGUGCGUGAGCUUGUUCGCAAAAGCUACGACACAGAAACAGAGACGUUUGAACCUACAGAAGCCCCAAAUUUAGAAGCUACUUUUAAUCAGAUAGACGAAGAGGACACGAUGGAGCUCACUCAGCCAGUCAAGAGGCCAGAAGCAGCAGAUGCGGAGUCUGUAGUCGAAUUGGAAGCUUCGCAACCAAUGGAAUUCACACAGCCGGUUCGUCUUGAAAGUAAUGUCGAUGAAAAUAUAGGGUUUUUGCAGCAUGAGCCAGAGGAUUCGAUGGAGAUGACGCAAGCGAUCCGUUGCAAUCACGAAGAACCUCUAGACAUGGAGGAAACGAUGGAAAUGACGCGAAUAAACAAACCGGCUGCAGACUCGCAGGAACCUAUGGAACUCACUCAGCCAGUGCGAACUGUUGCACGGGAUCUAAUUUCCUCUAGUCUGAGAACCCCGCCACGUUCUGAGAAAUCGCAUAUCUCUACUCCUGGUUCAAGUGCUAGAGCCCUGAAGAUCCGCACUGACGAGUUUGGGUCUCCACAAAGCGCUUCCAAAGAUUCUAUGCUGGAUUUGGGAGAACUUACAAGGCCGAGAGACAUUAUACAGAAUCUCAAGAAAGCAGAACAGCAAGAUGAGGAAAAUGUUUCUCAGAAGGAAGAUGGACAAGAUCAGCAGGAGGAUGACGAAUUCAAAGAACAAAAUGCAAGUGCAGAAAUGAGUGCUUUUGAGGAAUCUAUCAUAAUUGCUGAGAAAGUUCCACUGGCCGAGGUGACUCUGGACUCAGAAAAUGAGGAAGCGAAUUUUGAAGACGAGGACGACGACUAUGUUCAUGUGACUCUUCCACAGUUCCUCAAUCAAGUCCAGGUUCAGUUUUAUGACAAUAUCGGGCCUUCCGAACGCGAGCUGACUGUGACUAGUGAAGGGUCAGGAUCCCAGGCUCUUCACAAAUAUGUGGAUGCCGUGACAGAGUUCCCCAAUUUUGAUUACUUCUAUCAUCUCAUUGCCCAGCGUAAGUCGGGGAUUGAUCGCUCGCAAAGAAGUAUCAACGACUUCAGUGAGGCAAUCAUCAAUAACAACCCAACUUCUGUGAGGGAGUUUUACGAGAGUACAGAUGAGGUGCAAAAGGAUUUGAAGGUCAACUAUCAAGCGUUGGCAAGUCUGGCGAGAACUAUUGCUGAACAUGGCAACUUGGUAUUUAUGACAAACUCCUUGGAAGGACUGCUCAAAUCGUACGAAAACCGCAAAGCUUCAGUGAACUCUCAGGUUGCAGACAUGGAGGAAAUUCGGGCAGCAUUCACCUCCGAAUACCAAAAAUCUGUAAAGAGGAAGGCAGACCUCACGAAAACGCUAGCGUUACUGCAGGACAGGCAGAAGAAUUUUGCGAAUGUCGACCUUGACAAGCUAGAACUGCUGAAGAGCCGAGUGGAAGCUGCACAGGAACAAAAUGCUCGUUUGAGAGAGGCCAAGGCGAAGCUUCAAAAGGAGAUUGCUGAAAAGGAAGAGAUAUUUAAACUUGUCUCUACUCAACUCUUGGAAGCGCAAGAGGAAGACAAGCGGCUGAAGAAACGCGUGAUGGAACUUAAACUUCCAUCCCAAAAUGAGCUAGACCUCUUGCAACAGCAAUUUGUUGACCUCCAAAGAACCACACAGGUGGAGCUGCUUGUGCUGAACGAGAAAGAGUUCAAGGUACAGAUCAUGAAAGAGCUUCAGAUAAGUGUUGACCUUUCCACUGGCGCCAGAACCUUGAGGGUUUUUCCGACCAACCCGCAGUUCAAGGACUUAUACACAAGAUUUGCAGCUCGUUUCCAAUCUAUCGAAGGCGCUGGUUUGAAAGAUUACUUAAUUCAAGUGCAACACUCCUAUAAGCAGUUUAAAGAGCUGGUCAGAGAGCUUCGUAUUCUUCAGCUAUACUACCAGUUUCAGCAAAAGGAGAACGAUAUGAUUAUCUCCAUCACCAAAUCAGAUCUGUACAAGCUGGAAGCUAAGUUCAAUGUUGACGACCUGUUAUCAUUUUCUGAGCCCGUAAAGGUGACGACACAGGUCGUUAGUCUAUGCGGGAGCGAAUUUGCAGCAGAUGAUAUUUUGACUAACGCUCUUAGCGAGACCAGCCUCAAUAUUCUACGGCGGAUGGAGAAAUAG